AUGCUACUUUCCAUCAUCGACAGGUUCACCAGGUGGCCACAAGCAACUCUAUUGCAAGACGGUCACGCAGAGACCGUCGCUGAUGCUCUUUUGCGCACCUGGUUUAGCCGUUAUGGCGUUCCGGACGAGGUAGUCACGGCCCGCGUAGCUCAGUUCGAGUCAGCCCUGUUUGCUGCCGUCUCGUACGUACUAAACGCACUAGAACGACCGCCUACCACCCAUGUGCCAACGUGCUCGUGGAGCGCCUUCAUCGUCACAUCAGCUCCAGCCUCCGGGCCCUCCCCAACCCCCCUCACUGGGCCCGCGCGUUGCCACUCAUACUUCCUGUUCUUGCGCUCCUGCCUCAAGCCUGACCUCGGCUGUUCCGCCGCCGAGCUCGUCUUCGGAACCCCUCUGCGACUUCCAGCCGAGCUCGUCAGCCCACAAGCCAGUCCACCUUAUGCUCCCGAAUAUCUCGCUCUCCUCUGCGGCGUUUUCAAGUCUUUGUAG